AUGGCUAUCGUCAAGCUUAAGCCACUGGAUGUGGAUCUCAAAGGCAAUAAUCCCAUUCGUCAUCACAUCAGAAGCACCCACUCAAGUGACAGGUCCUACACGCAUGACAAAUUCUUCGACAGCGUCUCAUUCUGGCAACAAGCGUACGAGCGGUCCGAAGCAGAACAAAGCAAAUUGCUGGAUCGAAUAUACGAGUUAGAGCAACGCAAUGAGUCUCUUCAUGCACGGCUUCAGGGUGGAGAUAUCCCUGGUGCAGAAAACGAUCAAGGGACAUGGAAACGCAAGGCUACUGCGAAGGCUGCUGCUUCCGGGAGUGGUGCCACAACAAGGAAGAGAGCGAAGACCCAGACAUUCUCUCGAACGGAUGCCUCGGUGCUUAACAAUAGUCAUUCUGCAGGACUUGGUGGCGGUGUGGCCGAUCCACCAGGCCUUCCUGAGCAAUGUCUGUUCGCCGGCCACUUCAGUGAAGGAGACUAUACUGACCUAAUUCCCGUUCUAGUCACUGCACCUUUCAUGAGGCAACUCUUUGCAUUACAGAAAGUUCUGCAGAAGCGACCCAAUAGUUCAAGCAUUGUUAGUGCCGCAGUGGAGCUUUGCGCUACUGCAACCAAGAAUGUUCUUGAUGCUAUUGAACAGCCAGCUGUAUCCCGGUCUACGAAGAAAACAAUACCACAGCCCAAGAUGCCGGAUAUACUAGCUGUUUUGAACAGCACUGAGAGCGCCUUUCGAAUCCUAAUCCAGACUUUUAAGAAACUUUCUGCAUCUGGCCAGCAGAUGCGAGAUGCUGGACAAGUUACGUACCAUAUAGUUCGCUUAUAUGAGGUUAUCAUUGAAGCUUUGGGCCGGCAUUGCAGGAUCAAAACCGAACAACAACUUCGCGGGUCUCAAAUAAGCAUAAAACCUUCUCGGCAAAGACAAAAGGCAGAAGCCAAGCGGUCCAAAACAGGUCACGCUAACAAUGCUCAGAGUCACGGAGGUGAAAGAGAUGAGAUAGCCACUCAAAUGAGCCUGUUGCUGGGUAGAAUGGCGCUCUCGCUCGACAUCGACUGUGUAGCUAAACAGAAUGUUCUUGAAGGGUUUCUAUUCGUACUUCUUAGUCGCGUGGGGAAACUAGUCUCCUUGUUUGUCUUCCACGAUUUGCGUUCGCAACCUGAUCUACAGAUGGAUGACGCCAAGUUCCCUUUGCCAGGGGGACUUGAUGGAAUUGGCAUGGAUGAAAGCACAUUGCCCGCAGCGGCCAUGGAGGCUAAGAGCCUUAUUUGGCCAUUAGAGAGGAUUUUACUCCUACUCGAAGAUGCGCCAUCUAUGUCUUCAGAACCCAGUCACGCGUGUACAAACAAACAGUUGGCUGCAAAGCUCAAGCAAAAACUACAGACUACCCUGCUUCACUCAGUCUUUGGCGCCGACUCGCUUUGGCAAGAUACUUUACAAAGCCCCGUGCAGCCAGAUGAACGGGACCUUGAACGACUUCAGACUUAUUCACAGGUCCCCGAGCAAUCCGUACCCGACUGGUUUGUACAAGAGGUUUGGAGGCUCAUAGGCUGGAAGAUGCUAGCUGCGAGCAAUAGCCCGAGAGCGUAG